AUGAAGUCGAUAAGCCUUGUGUUGAUACUUCCUGUCUAUGGGUUUUCCCUCAACCCAAGCCUGCCAUCAGUGACUAGAGUGCGUUGGUCGCCACACUGCUCCUCGUCGACGAAAAUAUCAUCAUCAUCAUCUCCUACCGGUACCGGUAUCAAUCACAAAACUUCCUUUCUGCGAUCGUCAGAAGAGACACAACAUUCAGAUAUUGACGCCAUACCAGAGGCAGAAGACACGCAAAAGGAUGAGACUACUCUGGCAUCGAAGCGCCAAAUGAUGAGCUUUGCCAUUCCGGCACUUGGAAUUUUCCUUGCCAAUCCUCUUCUUUCCAACAUUGACAAUUCUUUUGUUGGAAAGACAGUGGGAACUGCAGGACUGGCUGCUUUGUCUCCAGCAACCAUCUGCACGGAUCAAAUGCUUUACUUGUUUUCAUUUCUGUCUCGAGCGACAACUGGAUUGGUUUCGAGAGCUUAUGGUUCCAAGACAAACGACGUGGAAAAGAAUGAGGCUGCUGCCGAAGCUGGAUCUGCACCUCUGACGGUAGCCUUGAUCUCGGGAUUUUUCCUGACUACUGUCUAUGCGUUGUUUACCCCGGCCAUGCUGGCUGCCUUGAAGGUCACUCCUGCCUUGCGCGGUCCUGCUGCAUCCUACAUUUAUUGGCGGGGUGCCAUUUCCUGGGCGGCCCUCGCCCAAUCGGUGUGCCUCAGUGUCAUGCUGGCCACUCGCGAUGCAAUUACACCCUUGAAGAUUGUUGGCAUGGCAGCGGGGGUGAAUAUUGUUGCAGAUUAUCUUGCUUGCGUUUGGCCCCUUAGAUUGGGAUGUUCAGGAGCAGCCGCCGCCACAUCUUUUGCGACCUUGUUUAGUUGUGGGUUCAUGAUCAAGGCCUUGAAAAAGAAAGGAAUACUUCCAAAGAUUCGAUUGCCGACCAAGAAGGAGCUUGCUAGUCUCACCGAGUUCACCGGGCCACUCCUGGCGAUCACCAUUACCCGAUUGAUUGGAUUUGUCAGCAUGCAACGGACAGCCAUGACCCUUGGGGUCAAACAUACGGCAGCCUACCAAAUGAGUAUCAACCUCGUCAUCUUUUAUCUACUCUUUGCCGAGCCACUCAGUCAGCUGAGUCAGACGCGGUUACCAGGAUUGAUUGAUUCGAAUGAUACCAAAGGUGUUUUGGACACCCUCAAGUCUGUCUUGGUGCUGGGAGGAGGAACCGCUUUGACAGUUGGAGCCGUGGCAGGACUAAGUCUUUUCUUUGGGUCCGCAGUCUUUUCUUCCGAUCUAGCGGUACAGGCGCUAGCCAAGAACGCUGCACCAGCAGUCUUUCUGACUGUACUAACUGCCAUUUUUGCUGUCACAAUUGAUGGAGCAAUGCUAGCAAGCAGAGAUUUCAGCUUCAUGCUGAUACAGGGUGUUAUGACGAUGAUCUUACAAUUAUUCCUAUUGAAGAAUUGGUGUUCAAGCAUACCUCAAGUUUAUGCCACGUUUACCAUCCGAUUAGGUUCCUAUGCGGCGUCUUCUCUUUUGAGAGUGUUUUCAGGGUUCGGGCCACUUGGCCGUGUUAUUCGUGGGAAUAAGAAGGAAGAAGAUUACAGACAAAUGCUUAGCCUGUAA